GACCUGCUGACGCAGUUCACGAGCCAGUGACGUGGAGAACGAACACCCUGCUCUGGACCCCAGGGGCGUGCCGCCUGCAACGCCGUCGGCCUACUCUAGCUCUAGUAGGCUUGCUCCCAUAGGACGCUCCUCCCGCCAUACCGAACAUGUUACUAGGUGCCAUCACUCCACCUCCUCUUCCAUUAUGACACUUCGUGGUCUGUUCAGCUUCAUACUUCCAUCUGCUCUUCGCUCAAUCCAAGGGUGGCCUGGCGAGACUCGGUCCCACCCCCUCGGUUUGGCACCAAGACACACAUACGAUUGUAACCAGAAGUCUGCUAUAACUUGCGAUUUGAUGCGCGCCAUUACUGCGUUCCCAUCGAUCACUCCUUGCUCGUUCCUGGCUGCAUAUAGCAAUCUCCUACCAUAUUCCAUCGCCGAGAUUGCUGCCGAGACUACAUCCCAGACAGCUUGUUCAAUUGUAUCGUGCGGCUCAGUUGUCAGCCAUAAGUGUUCCCGUAGGACAAUCAAAUCAACCAUCACCACAGCCUCCUUCGCCGUCUCCAGCUCUCCCGCCGCCGCUGUCCCCGCCCCGCCAGUGCUGGAGAUGGUGUGGGCGGCCUCCGCCUCCGGCCCCGUGGACCCCUACGGCAACAGCACCGCGCUGGGCUCGGCCAGCCGCCUGCUGGGCGCGCUGCGGCCCGGCGCCGCCAAGCGCAAAAAGUGCACCAACGACUGCUGGGGCACCAUCACCUGGGUCCCCACCCUGCCCACGCCCCACUGGGUGGCGGUGCGCUUCGCCGUGCCCUCCUCUGCCACUACAGCCACUGCCGCCUCGGCAGCCGCCGCCAGUGCUUGUGCUGCUCCUGCUCCCACCAUCAGCCUGUCCUUUGUUCGGCGCCUGGGCGUGUACGUGCUCAACCUGCUGGGCGCCCUGUCGCCCACCAUCACACGCAUCGACCUGCUGCUGCUGCUGCCGGCGGCGCAGGCUGGCAGCGCGGGCAACGUCACCCCCGCACCUUCCCGGUCCGCAGCAGCCGGGGUGCAGCUGCCGGUCGCGGUGCCGGUGUUCACUGGCUUGGACUCCAACAGCAGCAGCACGCUGAGCUGCCCGGCGCUGAACUGGGUCGACGUGAAGGCUAAGGCGGUGGCGCGCGAGGCGGCCAAGGCCGCGGCCGCCGCCGCCGCAACAGGUGGAGACGGCGCCACCACCACCACCACCAGCAGCCGGCGCGGUAGCCGCGCGCAGCAGCCGUCUUCGUGGGUGGUGAUCGGCUCGCGGCUGACCGUGAACGGCGGCGCGGUGGCGGGGAAGGCGGAGCUGCCAAACAUACACGCCAUUCGGCUGGAGCUGGAGCUGGAUACGGAGCUGGCUGCUGGUGUAGCCGCUCCGUGCCAUGCGUGCGGUGUUUGUGCGUGGAGUCACGCGGAUUCCGACUGCGGGAGGGUUUGCUGCAGCUUCAGGUGACCCUUGUGUGCUUGCACACUCAAGCUGUCCCCUCUGUAACACCGCAAUCAUUGAGUGGGAAGCGUCCCAUUCGCCGGCUCUUUUGGCGGUUGGGGGUGUCGAAUGGCUUAGUGUCUGGCGUGAGUCCGCUCGGGCGAAUUGGCAAUGACCCCAGUUUCACGUGUUGGCAGUUUGGUCAGGUUUGUGUCUAGGGAUAGCGGAUGCGUCUGUUGGGGGGUAUUUUCUACACCUCACCUUGUCAAAGGCUAAAUGCUUUAGUAUGCGCCUAGGAUCCGGCUGAGAGACAGAUGGUUCAAGCUGCUCUCGCCCCUUUAUCCUCACGACCGCCCGUACGACAUGCACCGAAAAACUAUGCACAGUGCUGUGCCUGACAGCACUCCAUGCAUGCGCAUUACCAACCUCCAAAGACCUCCAGAGCCCUCAGAGCCCUUCAGAGACCUGUGCAAAUCCCUUCAGAGGCCUGUGCAGAUCCCUCCAGAGGCCGAGCGGCUCUGAAAAGCCCGUGUC